UUCUACACCUCGUUUAGAAUAGUUGUUCUCCGACACUGCGCAGCGCACGUGUGGAGUCAUUGGAGUCUCGAAACUGGCGGUAUGGUUUUCCUCAGCGCAGUCAACUUUGGGCGCAAGGUAAAAAGCGGCGCCAGCAAAUUCUGGAAAAGGCAGCGCAUCUUCCAGAUCUCUGCGAACUUCUAUGGCAGGCGGCGCAACUGCUAUCGGCUGGCGAUACGCAGUGUCCAGAAAGCACUGAUUCACUCACAGGAAGGACGGCAAGCCAGACGUGACGAGCUGCAUCGGAUAUGGAAGAUUCGCACAGAAGCAGCAUCCCUCGAACAUGGCAUUUCCUAUGAACCAUUUUACAUCAACCUGGCCAAGUGCCGCCUUGCCUUGGAUCGUCAUAUGUUGGCUGACCUAGCCUACACGGAGCCUCGCACAUUCAAGGGCCUUGCUACCCUCGCACGCUUUAUGCGCAGCAUUGAAGCUGUGGACGAGACGUCAGCUUUGCAGGAGCGUCCAGAAGGCGUCAUCACUCGGGGCAUGCUCUGAGAAAUUGUGCAAACU